CACUCCGGCGGCAAAGCUCGCCACCGCCCUCCACCGCCGUGAAAUCUAAUUAUUUUAUUUUCUUUAUUCCUCCCUCCAACAGUUUUGAGCUAAAAUCUCAAAGCGCCAAAAAACCCCCAAAACCUCUCCCCCUCUCAUUUUGAAAACACGAACAUGGCGCUCGUUCCUUUUCCCUCCCUCUUCUUCUUCUCCAAGCAUUACAAAAUCUGAUCUCAUUCCUCCACUUCUCCACCUCACACCACACUAGUCCUCCCUUUCACUUCGCUCUCCCUCCCGUUCUUCCUCUUCCAACUCUGUUCCGGACGGCGAGAGGCAGAAGGAUCUUGUUCCAAUGGCGGAUCAGGAGAACUGCGCUCCACUCACUCGAGCUGCCAGGAAGAGGGCAGCAGCGGCGGUGACGACGCCGGCGGAUGCGGAGCAGGGACUUCCUAUCCAGCAGGAGAAGAAGAGGAGCAGGGUCGUGUUAGGCGAGCUUCCUCAGGUGGCUAACGUUGGGGCGACGGUGGUGGAUCUGACUUCCGGUGACAGGCCGGAGAAGCGCAAAAAAACCAAUGCGAAGGCGAAGGGGAAGGCUAAGCCGAAGACUAAGGCCAAGAAGGUUGUCGCUCCCGUUCCGGACGAAAAAGAAGUUCCGGCGGCGACGGUCGAGGUCGGGAUCGACGACAGAGAUGGAACCCCCGAUGAUCCUCAGAUGUGCCAGCAUUAUGCCUCCGACAUUUACGAUUACCUCCACAAGUUAGAGGCUGAACCAAAGAGAAGGCCACUGCCUGAUUACAUUGAGAAGGUCCAAUCUGAAGUGACUCCCAACAUGAGAGGGAUUCUUGUGGAUUGGCUUGUGGAGGUAGCAGAAGAGUACAAGCUUCUGACUGAUACUCUCUACCUCUCCAUUGCUUACAUUGAUAGAUUCUUGUCUCUGAACCCUAUCAGCAAGCAGCGCCUUCAGCUACUGGGUGUUUCUGCGAUGAUGAUUGCCUCAAAGUAUGAAGAAAUCACCCCUCCAAAUGUGGAGGAGUUCUGCUACAUCACCGAUAAUACAUACACCAAAGUCGAGGUGUUGAAGAUGGAAGCAGAUAUACUUAAGUUCUUGAACUUUGAUAUGGGUACCCCCACAAUAAAGUCAUUUCUAAGGCGGUUCAAUAGAGUUGCUCAGGAGGAUUACAAAACUGAGAGCCUACAGCUUGAGUUCAUGGGCUGUUAUCUUGCUGAGCUGAGCUUAUUGGAUUACAACUGUGUGAAAUUCUUGCCGUCUCUAGUUGCUGCAUCUGUUGUGUUCCUUUCAAGAUUCACACUCAAGCCAAAAACGAAUCCUUGGAACGCCAAGUUACAAAAGUACUCUGGAUACAAGCCAUCAGAGUUGAAGGAAUGUGUGCUAAUCAUACACGAUCUUUACUUGAGUAGAAGAGGGGGUGGCUUGCAAUCUGUUCGUGACAAGUAUAAGCAGCACAAGUUCAAAUGUGUAGCUGUAGCACCAUCACCUCCAGAGAUACCUUCUCCAUAUUUUGCAGAUGUUGUUAUAGAGGUUUCCGAGUCUUGAGGGCAGUCCAUGUGGGAAGGGCUACUGAGUUUUGCUUGAAGUUGCAGCUAACUCUGCUGUUUAGCAAUUAAGCAUAGUUCACUGCUAGUUAGAAAAUUUGAUAGAGAAGCUCUGUAAAUAUGGUCGUGGACAAAGUUUUGCUCAUUGUAAUUGGUUUGUGGUAAUGAAGUAUUGUUUUGGGA